ACCAAACUGUUAUUUAUAUUCUAAUAUUCUAAAUUGUACUAAAAUAAUGGAAACUAAGGAAAUUAAAAAAUGCGUGAUAAUCAAGUGUAUUAUUGUUGGGAUACUUAAAAGUGUUUGUUUGUAUAAAGGGUAUAAUCAUUCAGACCUUCAUUCUGGGUUAACGUUCUACAGUUUUCUAUUUGACAUAUUGUCUAUCGUGCUUUCAUGCAAUAAAUGUAUAGAGAGAGAAAUGACACCGCCACAGAAAGGAAUAAUACCAGUUUCUUUAAGUUUGCCUGGAGUUGUGACGAAGGCUAUAGCAACAUUUACUACAUAUUACAAAAGGAUAGAAGAAAUCAAAAUGAUGUGCUCCCUUUGUUUAGUGAUAGAAGUUUUCUUGGUUGCCCUUUUGACCUGCUGUUGCCUUUGUAACUUAGACGAAGCAAUACAAACGCGAUCAAAAUUGAAGCAGACUGCAUGAACAACGAAUAGACCCUGGAACAUCUCAAUAUUUGAAAACAUAUACAUGUGUUAUAUUGCAUAGUUUGAACAUUUAAAAUGCUCAUGUUUUCUAAUGUUUUAGGAUAUUUGUGUUAUUUUUCUAUGUCCAUAUCUUUUUUAUCUUCGUAACAAUUUCAUAUAAGAAAUUAUGGCUCAAAGUGACUUUGAACAUUUAUAUUGUAAAAAGUAGUUCGAUACACAAUUUAGGAAUACUACAAUAAUUGUUAUAAAUAUUCAUUAUUUUGUUUUAUGUUUACUUCAUCUUUUGUUGAGGUCUUAAAAUAAAUUUAAAAUUGAUUGUUUAUAUAGUUGGUGUACACAUGACCGGUUAUACUUUCCAUUGAACACACGUUUACAUCUCUGUGAAGAUUUUCCGCAUAUUUCCUUAUUAGACCUUGCAUUAUUUAAUUCAGAUCGCCUUGUGAUGUAGAAGAAGAAACAGUUGUUGGUACUCCUUUUUUAUUACUUUAUUUUGUUUUGCAGCACA